CAGCGGUGCUGUACUGUACAUGGCCUAUUGCAGCUACAGCUACAACGCGUAGAAGCAAGAAUGACACCGGCGCUCCCCUGCAUCAAGACAACCUGAUCUGUUUCAUCUCUAUCUUUAAACAUAGCCUACCAUAAUGACGGCGCUUAUCAUUGCACCUUCACGGACACGAUUGAUGGUGGGUGUUUUUGCUUUUAUUGCACUAUGGGGAUUUGCGCUCUCCAUCACUCGGUACUCUAUUCCGGAGGAAAUGGAAGAGGGCUCCUUUGUUGCCAAUCUGGCCACAGAUUUGGGUCUGGAUGUUCGCAGUUUGGUGCAGCGGAGAGCAAAGCUCGAUGUCAUUCACAGCAAAAAUUACCUUGACAUCAACAAAGAAACCGGGGAGCUGAUCAUCCGCGAGAAGAUAGACCGGGAGAGCAUAUGCAUGACUAAAACAACCUCGUGUUUUCUGAAAAUGGAUGUCAUACUUGAAAAUCCCAUUCGUAUUUUUAACAUCGAACUAGAAAUCAUGGAUAUCAACGACAACGCGCCUGUGUUUCGCAGGAGGACAAUGCACUUGGACAUUUCGGAAGCAUCCCCUCCCGGUGAGAGAUUCUCAUUGACAAACGCCGUGGAUGCGGAUGUGGGGGCGAAUUCAAUCAAGACCUACUAUCUCAGCGAAAGCAAGUACUUCAACAUAGAUAUACAAACCGGCAGCGAUGGCUCCAAAUAUGUCGAUUUAGUGCUCAGUGGUAAUUUGGACCGAGAGGAGCAUGCAGUUCAUAAUUUGAUUUUAACAGCUGUGGAUGGAGGGGUCCCUCCCCGCUCCGGCACAGCCAGCAUCAUUAUUAAUGUCCUGGAUAUCAAUGACAACGCCCCCCUGUUCAGUCAGCCAGUAUUUGAAGUCAACGUCCCAGAGAACUCCGCUGCAGGGACAGUGGUCAUGACCUUAAAUGCAACAGACUUGGAUGAAGGCACAAACGCUCAGUUAUUAUAUUCAUACACACUAUACACCUCUGAGAAGACACAAGAGCUUUUCUCACUUGACCCAAACUCUGGUGAGAUCAAGGUAAAAGGGGUGAUAGAUUAUGAAGAGAGUCAGAGUUUUGAGAUGCACAUACAAGCUCAGGACAGAGGGGCCAACCCGCGGUCAGGACUCUGCAAAGUCAUGGUGUUCAUCACAGAUCUGAACGAUAACUACCCUGAGGUGACCAUCAAGUCUCUGAAAAGUUCACUGACUGAGGAUGUGGCUGUUGGGACGUUGAUUGCGGUGGUCAGUGUCAGCGACAGGGACUCUGGAGUCAACGGGAAAGUGGAGCUCAGCUUGAGUCAGCAAGAGACCUUACCGUUCCUUCUGAACAAAUCUUCAGAGGGUUUCUUUGAGCUGCUGGUUUCAAAGCCACUCGACAGAGAAAUAAUAAGCAAAUAUGACAUCAUACUGAGGGUGACAGACAAAGGUUCGCCGCCUUUAACUGAAAAGGAGACCAUCACUUUAGAGAUUCUGGAUAUCAAUGACAAUGCUCCCACGUUUUCCCAGUCCUUCUACACAAUCCAUGUUGUGGAGAAUAAUCUACCAGGGGCAUUAUUGACAUCUCUAAGUGCGUUUGACCCAGAUCUUAAUGAGAACCAGUACUUGGUUUAUUUCAUAAUGGAGAAGGAGAUUGUUAACACGUCUAUGUCAAUGCUGUUCUCCAUCAAUCCAGAGAACGGUGAUCUUUAUGCCCUGAAGACCUUUGACUAUGAGAGAGAGAGGGAUUUCCUUUUCCACAUUGAGGCUAGAGACUCUGGUGUUCCCCCACUGAGCAGCAAUGUGACGGUACACAUCAUCAUUCUGGACCAAAAUGACAACACUCCUCUCAUAGUGUCACCUUGGCGGGCGCAAGGCUCUGUCAUUGAGGAGGUGAUACCAAGGUCCACAGAUAAGGGACACUUGGUGGCCAAAGUGAUCGCCAUCGAUGCGGACUCCGAGCAGAACGCCAGGGUCACAUACCAGCUCCUGCAGAUCAGUGAUGCAUCCCUUUUCAGCCUAGAUCAGUACAAUGGAGAAAUCCGGACAACAAGAAUGUUCAGUUACAGAGACCCUCGACAACAGCGGCUGGUGAUUGUUGCCAAAGACAAUGGUGACCCUGCUCUCUCUGCCACUGUCACCAUCAAGAUAUCAACAGUAGAACAUGUGAUGUCCUUUUCAGAGACCACAGAGUUGCCACUAGAAUAUGACGUCUUCACUGACCUAAACCUGUAUUUAGUUAUCGGUUUAGGUGCUGUGUCGUUUCUGCUCCUGAUUACCAUCUUGGUUAUUAUUGUGCUGAAGUGUCAAAAACCAAAGCCAAAGGCCAUCAAGAUCCCUCCGGCCAAUAGGAACAGCGUGAUCAGCAGGAACAGCGUGAUCAGCCAGAGAAGCUCCACCAUCGCAGAUUCUACCCUGAUCUCCAGUGAUGCCUACUGGUACAGUUUGUUCCUCGCAGAGACCAGGAAAGGCAAAGUGGUUGUGAGACAGCCGAUAAUCCCCAAAGGAGCUGGGUAUUUUGUUUCCAGUAUACCCAGGAGCAUAGGGCCAAGUGAGACCACAGACUCCAGAGCAUCCACACUGGAGUACUCAAAAUGAAAGGAAGUCCAUUCUACAACUGGAGGAACCCAGAAGAGAACUGCCAUGAUAUAAUCAUCUCUUCAUGGGAGUCUCUGGCUGAAAUUCUUCCCUGUGACUCACAAAGAAGAUAUGAAACAUCUGUCCUCCCUCGGUCCCUCUGCUCCUACUGUUCUUUCUCUCUAGUCCCUCUAACCCCCCAAACAAACAUCAACCACUAAUCACCUCAGAUUUCUACCUUUCUUUUCUCUUUUAAGCAUGAAUCUGCAUGAUUCUACAGGUUCAAAAUAUUUGGACAUAGAUAUCAUUUAUGGCAGGAUAUCAGGACAUUACUAGAGUGGCCUCAUGUAGUAAAUCAUUCUCUCCUCAAUGCUUUAAAACUUCUCAAUGGACUAAUUUGCCUUCCCUCCAGGGUUUACGCUGUGUGCUAUAGUUCUAGAAACCAUCAGUAGCUCAACCUAUACAUAAGUCAUCAUCAUGCAACACUCUUUUAAGCAAAAAUUCAAAACACGCCUAUUCACAAAUACACAUAUGAAUCAGGGUGAAUAUGAUUCUUCCAUAAAUCUGAUUAAAUACUGAACUGUAGCUGGUUAUGUCAGUAUUUCAGGCUUUACACUUGGUGUUUUUCUUUUCUUUUUCUGUUUUUUAUAAAACAUUUCUACUGUAUUAUGAGUCAUGCUGGUAAGUAAGGCUCACACUGUCAACUAGUAAUUUGCCAAUGAAAAUAAUCAGUGAUUUGAUUUAAGAUUUCUCUGUUUUUUAACAAUAUUUGUUGUACUCAACAGUGAUGAAUGUGUGAAAAUGAAAAAAAAGAAUGAAAGACAAGAAAGCUGUAAAUUUUCAUUUUGAUUGUAUGUUCUGUAGUUCUAAAGAAAUGAUAAGGAGGUCAGAGAAGUAGAAAAACUUUGAGGUUUUUGUUUGUCUGUAAUCCAGGUGAACAAAUUUUGACACGACAAAUGUCAGGUGUGCAAUUCAUACCUUAUAGACAAGUGUGCUGACUGGCUGUGCAGUUAUCUGGAUGUAUUGUGGAGACAGGAGUUACACUGCAAUAUUUAUUUUUUUUCGAAAAAUUGUAUCUGAAAUAUGUUCAUUUUCAAAGUCUACUCUGUUUCAGCCUGUCUCGUCCCACACAGCUUGUCGGGGUGAGUGAGGGAGCACGGGGGAAGUUCCCCCUCAAAUAAAAUUUUUAUUCAGAGGAAAUCUGACAUCACAGAUUGGGGUGGGGUCAGAGUGGGCAGAGAGUAAAACAUUGAAAACAGGGUAAAAUGUCAAUUCAGCUUUCUUUGUAAAAAGAUUUUACUUAUUACUUAUAUAAGCUUUUAUCUUCCCAACCUUAUGACUGCUGAAAAAACUGGCAAUACAAAAUAAACUGCAGUCAUUUAUUGCACUCAGUGCAAAUUGUGUUAAUCAAUUAAAAAUACAGGUGCAGUAGAAAUUUAAAAAAAAUUUUGUAAUGAUAAAUACUGUGUUUAUGGAAAAGAGUGAGAAUAUUGAAAAUGUAUUUAUCUUUGCCAUGGUACAAUAUAAUGGAAUCUAAGGUCCAGGCAAGGUGUUGUUUUAUGAAUUUUCAUGUUUUUAUAGAUAUUUUAUGUAUUAACUUUUAAUGCUGCUUUUGUGAGCUUCUUCAAGGGCAUUUUGUGUUGCAUAUGUGUAGUUUAGUGCAUAUGAUGUUGUUUUGGUAGUGUAGAUAACUUAAAUCGAAACUAGGGUACUUUUCUUGACCUGUUUGACCUCAAAGGUAGCGCCAUUGCACUACUGCAAAGCCUAGGACUUUUAAUUUCUCAGAAACAAGGAGCUUAUUAGGACCACUUAUUAGGGUGCUAAAUGAUAAAAUCUCAAUGGGAGGAACAUGGAGAACUUGGUGUUAAUUAUAGUUGCAGUAUUCUGGCGCUGACUCUGCAGAUAAACAAAAAAAAAGAAAAAAAGAAAAAAAAAACACUGCUGAACCCAUAGACAGUGCAUAAGAACUACUGAGCAGAUGACAGCCCUUUGAAAAAUGCACCGAAUCUAAAUGUGAUUGCAGCACUCACUCAGUAAUGCAGCAAAGAGAGAAUGUUUCUGGAUGUAUCGAGCUACAUAUCCUGAGUCAGCAAAACCUAACCUCUCUUUUCCUCCCUCACUGUUGCCUGGCGUCAAUAUUACAGCAGGCUGCCCAGACAUAAACACAGCUGUCUGUCUGUCUGUCAGACUUAAGAUGACACUUAAUGAGGGAUCUUUUGCUGUGGAGAACAUGUUGUGUGUGCAAUCACUGCCUGAACCGGUUGAUUCCAACAGUGUUUAAAGAAUUAAUAAAUUGCACAUCUGAUGAGCUCCUUGCGUGCCUUCUGCAUUGUAAAAGGUAUAUGUGACUUUUGAUGAAUGAAAUAAUGGCAUUUCCUACAGUAUUACAAGUUAACAGUUAACCCCAUGAUAAAAUACCACCUUGAAUUUGCUAGACAUUGAUGGAUAGGGGCUCAGCCUUUUGGUUUCAGAACAGAUGUUCUAUUCAGAACCAGUAGAUGCAUUUACUGUAAAUUUAAAUGCUUUAUACUGUUUUUUAUACAGUAGACUUUUUUGAUAUCUUCUGUAUUCACUGUGAUUGAAUGGCACAGGAAGUGCUUGUGCUUCUUGCUUGGUAUAGUCAAAGUGUGUCAUUUCUCAUUUGUGUACACAGCUCAGUUUUUCCUCUGCUUAUUUGCCAGUCAGAUUGUACAGUAUGCUUCAAGAGUUGCAUCAAACGUAAUCCAGUUCCAUCCCACUUAGUGGAUCAAAGACAAGUAUGGGAGAGAAUGGCCUUGCUUUAUUUUCAAGUCUAGUUAAUUGUCGGAUUUUGAUGUUGCUUAUUUGGCUUUAAUGUUCUGCCUGAUCAUGCUAGUUUGAAUAAAGCUUUUUAAUCUGUC